CUGAGAGGAGGAGAUUGAGGCUGAGGGCUGGUCCCUAGGGCCCUUUGUGCUAGAUGAGAAUGCAUUCGGGUGGGCCACUACUGUGCCAAUUGCCAGGUCGCCAUGGUAACCGGGGGAUGCCCAGAGCCAUUAGAGCACCAGGUUCUCUCCUCCCUCUCCCUCCCUGCGGGGGGAGGGGCAUGCGGGUACUCAGGCACGCACCAGGUAGGCUCCUGGUGUUGGCCAAUGGGAGCUAAGGAACACGGUAGCCAGGGAACGGUAACCAGGGUAACCAAGGAACCGUCGCCUAGGAAGCCUCAUCGUAUGCUCUGCUCUGUGGAAAGCAGCCGGGCCAGGGCUGGGGACCUGCUGGAUCGGAGGCGCUGAGGCUGAGCAGGCAGCGAUGGAUUUCUGCCCCCAGUUCCUACUACUACCCACCCCCCAACUCAGGCCUCUCUCCGAGGGGCUCACAGCCUGCCUCCUGCUGGGCUCCAACCAGGAAUGGUGCCCAGCGCUGUCGCCAUGACAACACUGCCAGGGCUGGUCUGGAACCCCCUGCUGCCCUGGCCCCUGCACCUCCCUCCCCUUCCCUCUCCCCAGAGCCAUCUCCACCCAGAGUUGGCUCCUGGGCCCUGAGAGUUCUUCGAGCCACCCCUCCCUCUCCCCAGGGCCCUGUACACUUACGAGGAUGGCUCAGAUGACCUCAAGCUCGCAGCGUCAGGAGAAGGGGGCUUGCAGGAACUCUCGGGCCACUUCGAGAACCAGAAGGUGAUGUACGGCUUCUGCAGCGUCAAGGACUCCCAGGGUGCUCUGCCAAAAUACGUGCUCAUCAACUGGGUCGGUGAAGACGUGCCUGAUGCUCGCAAGUGUGCUUGUGCCAGCCAUGUGGCUAAGGUGGCUGAGUUCUUCCAGGGUGUCGACGUCAUCGUGAAUGCCAGCAGUGUGGAAGACAUAGAUGCGGGAGCCAUCGGGCAGCGGCUCUCCAAUGGGCUGGCACGGCUCUCCAGCCCUGUGUUGCACCGCCUGCGGCUACGGGAAGAUGAGAACACCGAACCUGUGGGCACUACCUAUCAGAAGACAGACGCUGCCGUGGAAAUGAAGCGGAUUAACCGAGAGCAAUUCUGGGAGCAGGCCAAGAAGGAGGAGGAACUGAGGAAGGAGGAGGAGCGGAAGAAGGCCCUGGAUGAGAGGCUCAGGUUCGAGCAGGAGCGGAUGGAGCAGGAGAGGCAGGAGCAGGCUGAGCGGGAACGGCGUUACCGCGAACGAGAGCAGCAGAUCGAGGAGCACAGGAGGAAACAGCAGACCCUAGAAGCGGAGGAAGCCAAAAGGCGGUUGAAGGAGCAGUCCAUCUUUGGUGACCAGCGGGAGGAGGAAGAGACCCAGAUGAAGAAGUCAGAAUCGGAGGUGGAGGAGGCAGCUGCCAUCAUUGCCCAGCGGCCAGACAACCCCCGAGAGUUCUUCAAGCAGCAGGAACGAGUCGCAUCAGCCUCUGCAGGCAGCUGCGAUGUGUCCUCCCCCUUCAACCACCGGCCAGGUCGUCCGUACUGCCCUUUCAUAAAGGCAUCGGACAGUGGGCCUUCCUCCUCCUCCUCUUCCUCCUCCUCCCCUCCACGGACUCCCUUUCCCUAUAUCACCUGUCACCGCACCCCAAACCUCUCUUCCUCCCUCCCAUGCAGCCACCUGGACAGCCACCGGAGGCUGGCUCCCACCCCCAUUCCUGCCCGGAGCCCAUCCGACUCCAGCACAGCCUCCACCCCUGUAGCAGAGCAGAUCGAGCAGGCCCUGGAUGAGAUCACAUCCUCACAGCCGCCACCACUGCCACCACCGCUACCCCCAGCCCCAGAGACCCAGGAGCCCAUCCCCCAGCCAGAGAGGGAAGAGACCAACCAGGACCCCCAAGCAGCAGCCUCUCAGGCCUGGACCAGACCGGUGGAAGAGUCCCUUUUGGCCCGGGAGCCACAGCAGGAGCAGGGCGGCCUCAUGGAGGACUUGAUGUUCAUAGAGUUUCCAACCCCGGCUGCCCUGGUUGCCCCUCUGGAGCCCACCUCAUCGGGCACCCCUGCAGCUGACCCCUCCGGAGGAGCUGAUGCAGCUGAUACUAUCAAAACCGACAAGCCCUCCCCCGCCGCUGCCGGCCUCAUUGACCUAUGGCCCGGCAAUGGGGAAGGGGUUGCUGCACCCCAGGCCUGUGAGCCACAGGCCAAGCCCAGGGCCCCCACACCACCUUCAGGUGCUGAGGUCACUCUGGCGGAGGUGACCCUGCUGGAUCAGGUGGCUCAGGAGCCCCUGGCGCCGGUGGGCGAAAGCUGUGCCAACCUCCUCAAUUUUGAUGAAUUGCCUGAGCCACCAGCCACCUUCUGCGACCCAGAGGAGGAAAUAGAAGGAGAGGCCCUGGCCGUCGCUCAACCCCAAGUGCUGCCCUGUGCUCUAGAGGAGCCGGAGCCGGAGCCCCAGGUGUUGACCAAUGGCGAGACUACCCAGAAGGAGGGCACUCAGGCCAGUGAGGGGUACUUCAGCCAAUCACAGGAGGAAGAGUUUGCCCAAUCAGAAGAGCUGUGUGCGAAGGCUCCGCCUCCCGUGUUCUACAACAAGCCUCCAGAAAUCGACAUCACCUGCUGGGACGCAGACCCAGUACCGGAAGAGGAGGAGGGCUUCCAGGGUGGAGAUUAGUGACGCGCCUGCCCUCAGGCUGCUCAUGCCAAGGCCGCCCACUUCCUGGCCUCAUGGCCCCGCCGCGCCUGCACCGGCAGCAGCUCCGCCUGGCUCCCACUCCGGAUCCGGUCCAGGCCCGGACUCGGCCGCUUCCCCACCCACAGGGCCCAACUUCGACAGCUUUUCUCUUUUUAUUUUGAAGUGGAUAGGAGACUUGUACAGUUGACUGAUUAUCCUCCCGUUGGUAGUUGAGAUGCUGUUGCAGGGUUCACCCUCUUCCCCUGCCGGGUCCAGAUUGUAGCUCUUAGUCCUCCCUGCUCAGCUGGCAGGGUGGAGGUCUCCCCCCUGCUUGGGGCCUGGUGUGGGGGAGCUCUGAUGGGAACAUGUUCCCCCACCUCUUUUCCUAGUUUUAUGUUUCUUGGAAAAAUAUCACUUUGUAUUCUCUGUCCAGGGCUUCAGAUAUUUUGCACGAAUUUUAAAACAUGGCAAUAAAUGGCUCGUGGGCUCUGGCUCCCUGGGACCCCCCUCCCUGCCCUUCUCUCGAUCCCUACCUGCCUGGCCCAAAGGAAGUAGCAGGCCCAGCUGGGGGCCCUGCCCUUUGCUGCCCCCUCCUGCUGGGCAGGUCCCAGGCUGGAGGCCCUCAGAUCCAUUCAGGUCAGGGCUAUGGGGAAAGGGGGCAGGGCUUGGGGGAGGGGGCCCUCACUGACUCCUCUUUGCUUGGGCUCCUUUUUCACUUUCAGUAACUGUUUUUUGAAAGCACAAACUUCUGUAACGGGUCGUGCUCAUGUCUGUUAAUAAAUAAAUCCAGAUCCC